AUGAGACAUUUUGACAAGGACCAGUCUGGUAAAUUAGAUCACCGUGAAUUGAAGUUUUGUCUCAGAGCCCUCGGCUAUGAUCUUCAAGUGGUAGAGGGCGGACAGGUGGAACCAGGGUUCCUAGCAGUCUUGGACAUGGUUGAUCCAAACAGGGACAGGCAUGUGUCGCUUCAGGAGUACAUGGCAUUUAUGAUUAGCCGAGAGACAGAGAACGUCCAGUCGAGCUUGGAAGUGGAUCAAGUUUUCCGAGCUCUGACUUCUGCAGAAAAACCAUUUAUUACAUCAAAGCCAAAGGCUCAUGGUGACUGCUCAGUGUUCGUCGUGUGUUGUCAGUUGUGUGUCCAUCAACAUUUUCUAAAAAAAGUCUUCUUCUUCAAAACCACCGGGCAGUAUUCACAGGAAUGAUCCUUGUGUGGCCCCCUUUCAAAAUUGUUUAAAGAAUUGAAUUUGAAAGAAAGGAAUGUAGCAUUGUCUAGUGGAUCUCUAACAAAACUGUUCAAAUUGUACUCCUGGAGUGAAAAGAGGCCCCACCCUGGGGGUCACUUGUUAUAUCAGUUUUAUAGGAAAAAUACUUCAGAAAUUAUCAAAUCAUAUUUCCCAGAAUGUUAAGUUAUAAUUACCUGAUGACCCCAAGUGAUUAGUGACAUGUACCUCAUAUUACUCAGGUGAGCGAUCCAGGGUCAUCAUGACCCUCUUGUUUUUGAAUAAGUCAUUUACCUUUUAAUGGAAAAAGAGAUGAUAAUUAAGCAAAUUUACCACUGAAAUAAAUCUGGAAAAAGAAUGUUUUAAAAAAUACUUCAAAAGCAGAUGAAUUAUUACAGUAGUUACUAAAUGACAUUCUAGAUGGUCUUUUUAACUUAUUAUACAUGUCUCUAUCAAUAAAUUGUCUUACGGUAUAUGUUAUAAUUUUCUUUUGAACAUUUUUUUCUUUUCAAGAAGGUUUACACAAUGUAUGUUGGAUUCUUCACAAAAAACAUGAAAUUCUGUUGCAUAUAACAUGUAAAAUAUUAUUAAAGAAUACCCCAUAAAUCCUGUUAAAUGUACACUGUUACAUUUUGUAAUCUGACUUUUUCAGAACCUUAUCAAGGAACAAGUGGACUGUUGUAUUGGCUGUAUGAAACCGUAUGUGAAUUGGACAGGACGCACCAUACCAGAUGCAUAUGACUGCGCUGAUUAUACCCGGUCAAUGUUCAAUUAGCAUACAUAGAUUUUUUGUUGCUUUAUUAAUAUAUACAGUAAUAUAUGUGUUAUAAUAUAGGCAAGUGAAUAUGUUAGCUGUGCUUCAAUUUGUAGAGGGAAAUGGAAAAAUUUUAAGAAAAAUUACCUAAAGUAGAUGUAUAUUUUUAUCUGUGGAAAACUAAUUUUUUAGACCACAUAUAAAUACAUAACUUAGAGUCAUAAAACAGUAGGGGAUUGUUAUAUACCAUGUGAAAAUUGUGCACCUGGUGUUCUGUUUGGGAUUUCACUCAGCCAGGUUGGAGUUAUGGUCUUUGUCUUAGUGGAAAAUAUACAUAAAGUGCUCGUGUUGCAUAUGUCUUUAAAAAAAUUACCUAGAGUCAUGAAACCAUGUAGAAAUAUUGUCCAGCAUGUGAAUUUGUGCACCUGAUUUUUUUUUUUUUUUUUUUUUUUAUUUU